GCUAAUGUAACAAAAGUCACCAAGUGUCAUCUUAUUCCGAUGAAGCUACAAUUUUUUUUACAUUUCAACAUUUUUCAAAAAAAAAAAUUGGUCAAAAAUGACUGAAGAGGGCCCGAGGGUUAAACGUGUUAUGAAACCAUAUUUCAAAGUAGAUUUAUUAAAGUAAGAUACCAAGUAGUCUGCACCACUAAACUCACCACAAAUUUGUCUUCUCAACACUCUUCUGCAGGCGGAUGUCCACCACCCACUGAUGAUGUCUGAUAGCUGCACCUACACCAAGUUUGCUAAAGACAUCACAUUUAGCCCCUUAUCACAACAAAUCAGCCUUUACUAAUGUAACACCGGACUUUACUGUCUAGUAUAAAACCAACAGAACCAAGAAGACCGUGCAAGUUCAAGACUCGAUUUGUUCCAGUGAAUCAACAGCUCAAAAAUGGAAAACACCAGUUUUGAAGCUCAAAACAUGACCAGAGUAACAGCACAUCCCACCACUAUCCAGAUUGUGGGAAUGAUCUUUCUUGCAUGCAUUUUAAUUGCCACCAUUGUAGUUGGUCUCAUUGGAAAUGGGCUUGUAAUAUUUCUGACUGGCUGCAGAAUGAAGACGACCGUCAACUCCAUUCUGUUUCUCAACUUAGCGAUUGCAGACUUUACCUUCCUGCUGUCUACAGUCUUAAAUCUUUUCUUAAUUUUGGCCCAGAGUCAAUUAGGUAAAAUAACUAACAAAUUAUUUUCCUUUAUAUACAGACUAAAUCUGUUUGCUAGUAUUUUCUUUCUUGUAGUUAUCAGUCUGGACCGAUGCCUGUGCACAUGGUUGGUUGUUUGGGCUAGAAAUAAACGAACUACACUUAAAGCCAAGAUCAUCUGCAUAAUUGUGUGGGUUUCAUCCAUCGGCUUCAGCAUUCCUUUCUUUACAGUUCAUAUGUUUACUCUUGCGUCUCUGGUCACAUAUCAUUUUACAGUGGGCUUUCUCAUCCCCUUUCUGAUCAUUGCAUCUUCAUACACAGCUAUUGGAGUACGAAUCAAACGCCUCAAAGGGGAAAAGCAUCUCAGGACAUACAGGGGCAUUAUAACUGUAACUCUGGCUUUUUUCAUAUGUUGGUUUCCAUCCCAUGUUUGCCAUUUGUAUGCAGUAACUGCAGUAGGAAAUAACUGGAGUGAAGUAUUGUUGACAGCAAUGAUUGUCUGUUUCUGCCUGGUUUAUCUCAACAGCUGUCUGAACCCCAUUCUCUAUGUGUUCAUGUGUGAUGAUUAUAAGAAGAAGCUUAAACAGUCUCUGCUGCUGGUGCUGGAGACGGCUUUUGCUGAAGAUCAUCUGGACUUUAAGGCAGACGCAAAAGAACGAGGACAUGAAAACUCAACUGAACUGUUGGAUAUGUAGAAAUGCUGCUGAUUUCUGUUGUUACUUUAUUUUAAAUAAAACCACAGUGUAUCAUAAAAUCUUACCUGCAUUUGAUUGCAAUUUCCUAAAGGAUAUUUCUGCUCUC